AUGGCGGCGGGUGGCGAUUGCGGCGACGUAAAGUCUGAUGAAGACCAAAACGUGAUGAAGACCUCGGCAACCUCGAUGCGCCUCCUUCUGCUCGGCGUUCUUGCGGGGCUCGCGGCCGUCAAGGCGGGCGGCCCCACUCUCGUCGCGGGCGUCGCCCGCGGCUCGGACUCGAUCAUGCACACCAGCUUCGACGGGCACUCGACGGAGGCGGCGCGCUCGGCGCCGCCCGGCUGUGAGAUCGCAGCCGGGGUCACCUCCCAAUCAGCGUGCGGCGCCGGCCACAUCACGCUGGGCGUCACUGCCGACGUCCAGCGCAAGAUCUUCAACAACCGCGGCAGCUUCAGCGGGCCGCACAAGACGUGCUCCGCCUUUGAUGGCUGCCGCGGCGGCGGCGACUUGGCGGACAAGCUGGUGAGACUCGCCGGCAUCGGGUGGCACGGGCCGAACGCCUCCGCGUCGCUCGGCGACGACGCGUGCGCGGAGGCGGCCAACAAGGAGAUGUGCAUCAUGAACGUGCGCACGUGCGCGACCAGCGAGUCCUGGGACGCGAACGUGGGCAACAAGUCGAGCGAGUUCUCGCUCGAGGGUAACUCGGCGCACGCGUGGAACAAGGGCGUCGCCCUCCACGCCGGUUUGCUCGAGGCCCCCCUCGGUUUCGACCGCAACCGGCAGGCGACGGAGACGGCGCUCUCGACAGCGCGCCGCACCCAGCGCUCGCUCCAGAGCGCCGGCACGCACGGCGCGAUCAUCGGACGGAAGGGGCGGACGGUGCAGGCCUUUGCGCACCCCUCGAGCGCGUCCGAGCUCAUUGGCGCUGAGACCGCCCCUUCAACGGCCGCUGUCGGGGCGAACCUCGCCGUCGGCGGGACUGAAGACAACGGCGAAGAGCAUGGCCUCGCCGCACAGCUCCACGCGGGCAAGGGGCGCGUCGGCACCGGCGGUGGGAGUGGCUCCUCCCCACCCGGCCUCCUACUGGGCAGUACCUCUAGUCCCGGCGCUGACAGCGACGUGGUCGACCCUUCGUCGGGCGUGACCGCGGCUGUCCGCGCGAGCGCCACGGCGCACUCCGCUGGCACGCGGGCGGCGACGAUCCGCGCGGCGUCCGCCGAGCAGGGCAGCAACGCGAGUCGGCUCGCGUCUCCCAAGGCGCUUCCCUCUGGGCUGGUCUCAAGUUGCCGGAUGCGGCUCUCUGAGCCCACCCUCCCGUGCCGCGCCGACGUCGGCGAGGCGCUGGGCACGUCGUGGGCCACCGGGCAGCAGCUGCUUCAGCCUACGCAGGAGCGGAAGCUGCUCCAGGCCGGCGCGCGCGGCUUCGUGCGCGCCAUCGUCGACAAGAUCAGCACCUUAGUGGCGGUGACGCAGCAGGGCCCGCUACGCUCUGAGCGCAUGGCUUGCGCGGACCUGUCGCAGAUGAACGCGGCGGAGGGCGCCGUCCUGACGGCGGCCGUGCUGCCCUUCGCCCACGAGCGUGGCGCGGCGGCGGCCAUGACCGCCAGCGGCCCCAUCGCGGGCGACACGGAUCACGGCCGGUUCGACCUCAGCCAGUGGCUCAGCCGCGGCCGCGCCGGCGGCUGCAGCGGUGGCUAUGGCGCCUCCGGCGGCGGCAGCGGCGGCUCUGGCGGCGGCGGCGCAAGCAGCCGGCAGGCGACGGAGACGGCGCUCUCGACAGCGCGCCGCACCCAGCGCUCGCUCCAGAGCGCCGGCACGCACGGCGCGAUCAUCGGACGGAAGGGGCGGACGGUGCAGGCCUUUGCGCACCCCUCGAGCGCGUCCGAGCUCAUUGGCGCUGAGACCGCCCCUUCAACGGCCGCUGUCGGGGCGAACCUCGCCGUCGGCGGGACUGAAGACAACGGCGAAGAGCAUGGCCUCGCUGCACAGCUCCACGCGGGCAAGGGGCGCGUCGGCACCGGCGGUGGGAGUGGCUCCUCCCCACCCGGCCUCCUACUGGGCAGUACCUCUAGUCCCGGCGCUGACAGCGAUGUGGUCGCCGACCCUUUGUCGGGCGUGACCGCGACUGUCCGCGCGAGCGCCACGGCGCACUCCGCUGGCACGCGGGCGGCGACGCUCCGCGCGGCGUCCGCCGUGCAGGACAGCAACGCGAGUCGGCUCGCGUCUCCCAAGGCGCUUCCCUCUGGGCUGGUCUCAAGUUGCCGGAUGCGGCUCUCUGAGCCCACCCUCGCCUGCCGUGCCGACGUCGGCGAGGCGCUGGGCACGUCGUGGGCCACCGGGCAGCAGCUGCUUCGGCCUACGCAAGGCGAGAAGCUGCUCCAGGCCGGCGCGCGCGGCUUCGUGCGCGCCAUCGUCGACAAGAUCAGCACCUUAGUGACGGUGACGCAGCAGGGCCGGCUACGCUCUGAGCGCAUGGCUUGCGCGGACCUGUCGCAGGAGAAGGCGGCGGAGGGCGCCGUCCUGACGGCGGCCGUGCUGCCCUUCGCCCACGAGCGUGGCGCGGCGGCGGCCAUGACCGCCAGCGGCCCCAUCGCGGGCGACACGGAUCACGGCCGGGACCUCAGCCAGUGGCUCAGCCGCGGCCGCGCCGGCGGCGGUUGCGGCGGCGGCUAUGGCGGCUCCGGCGGCGGCAGCGGCGGCUCUGGCGGCGGCGGCGCAAGCAGCCGGCAGGCGACGGAGGCGGCGGUCUCGACAGCGCGCCGCACCCAGCGCUCGCUCCAGAGCGCCGGCACGCACGGCGCGAUCAUCGGACGGAAGGGGCGGACGGUGCAGGCCUUUGCGCACCCCUCGAGCGCGUCCGAGCUCAUUGGCGCUGAGACCGCCCCUUCAACGGCCGCUGUCGAGGCGAACCUCGCCGUCGGCGGGGCUGAAGACAACGGCGAAGAGCACGGCCUCGCCGCACAGCUCCACGCGGGCAAGGGGCGCGUCGGCACCGGCGGUGGGAGCGGCUCCUCCCCACCCGGCCUCCUACUGGGCAGUACCUCUAGUCCCGGCGCUGACAGCGACGUGGUCGCCGACCCUUCGUCGGGCGUGACCGCGACUGUCCCCGCGAGCGCCACGGCGCACCCCACUGGCACGCGGGCGGCGACGGCCCGUGCGGCGUCCGCCGUGCAGGGCAGCAACGCGAGUCGGCUCGCGUCUCCCAAGGCGCUUCCCUCUGGGCUGGUCUCAAGUUGCCGGAUGCGGCUCUCUGAGCCCACCCUCCCGUGCCGCGCCGACGUCGGCGAGGCGCUGGGCACGUCGUGGGCCACCGGGCAGCAGCUGCUUCGGCCUACGCAGGGCGAGAAGCUGCUCCAGGCCGGCGCGCGCGGCUUCGUGCGCGCCAUCGUCGACAAGAUCAGCACCUUAGUGACGGUGACGCAGCAGGGACGGCUGCGCUCUGAGCGCAUGGCUUGCGCGGACCUGUCGCAGAUGAACGCGGCGGAGGGCGCCGUCCUGACGGCGGCCGUGCUGCCCUUCGCCCACGAGCGUGGCGCGGCGGCGGCCAUGACCGCCAGCGGCCCCAUCGCGGGCGACACGGAUCACGGCCGGUUCGACCUCAGCCGGUGGCUCAGCCGCGGCCGCGCCGGCGGCUGCGGCGGUGGCUAUGGCGCCUCCGGCGGCGGCAGCGGCGGCUCUGGCGGCGGCGGCGCAAGCAGCCGGCAGGCGACGGAGGCGGCGCUCUCGACAGCGCGCCGCACCCAGCGCUCGCUCCAGAGCGCCGGCACGCACGGCGCGAUCAUCGGACGGAAGGGGCGGACGGUGCAGGCCUUUGCGCACCCCUCGAGCGCGUCUGAGCUCAUUGGCGCUGAGACCGCCCCUGCAACGGCCGCUGUCGGGGCGAAUCUCGCCGUCGGCGGGGCUGAAGUCAACGGCGAAGAGCAUGGCCUCGCCGCACAGCUCCACGCGGGCAAGGGGCGCGUCGGCACCGGCGGUGGGAGUGGCUCCUCCCCACCCGGCCUCCUACUGGGCAGUACCUCCAGUCCCGGCGCUGACAGCGAUGUGGUCACCGACCCUUUGUCGGGCGUGACCGCGACUGUCCGCGCGAGCGCCACGGCGCACUCCGCUGGCACGCGGGCGGCGACGCUCCGCGCGGCGUCCGCCGUGCAGGGCAGCAACACGAGUCGGCUCGCGUCUCCCAAGGCGCUUCCCUCUGGGCUGGUCUCAAGUUGCCGGAUGCGGCUCUCUGAGCCCACCCUCCGCUGCCGCGCCGACGUCGGCGAGGCGCUGGGCACGUCGUGGGCCGCCGGGCAGCAGCUGCUUCGGCCUACGCAGGGCGAGAAGCUGCUCCAGGCCGGCGCGCGCGGCUUCGUGCGCGCCAUCGUCGACAAGAUCAGCACCUUAGUGGCGGUGACGCAGCAGGGCCCGCUACGCUCUGAGCGCAUGGCUUGCGCGGACCUGUCGCAGACGAACGCGGCGGAGGGCGCCGUCCUGACGGCGGCCGUGCUGCCCUUCGCCCACGAGUGUGGCGCGGCGGCGGCCAUGACCGCCAGCGGCCCCAUCGCGGGCGACACGGAUCACGGCCGGUUCGACCUCAGCCAGUGGCUCAGCGGUGGCCGUGCCGGCGGCUGCGGCGGUGGCUAUGGCGCCUCCGGCGGCGGCAGCGGCGGCUCUGGCGGCGGCGGCGCAAGCAGCCGGCAGGCGACGGAGACGGCGCUCUCGACAGCGCGCCGCACCCAGCGCUCGCUCCAGAGCGCCGGCACGCACGGCGCGAUCAUCGGACGGAAGGGGCGGACGGUGCAGGCCUUUGCGCACCCCUCGAGCGCGUCCGAGCUCAUUGGCGCUGAGACCGCCCCUCCAACGGCCGCUGUCGGGGCGAACCUCGCCGUCGGCUGGGCUGAUGACAACGGCGAAGAGCAUGGCCUCGCUGCACAGCUCCACGCGGGCAAGGGGCGCGUCGGCACCGGCGGUGGGAGUGGCUCCUCCCCACCCGGCCUCCUACUGGGCAGUACCUCCAGUCCCGGCGCUGACAGCGAUGUGGUCACCGACCCUUCGUCGGGCGUGACCGCGACUGUCCGCGCGAGCGCCACGGCGCACUCCGCUGGCACGCGGGCGGCGACGCUCCGCGCGGCGUCCGCCGUGCAGGGCAGCAACACGAGUCGGCUCGCGUCUCCCAAGGCGCUUCCCUCUGGGCUGGUCUCAAGUUGCCGGAUGCGGCUCUCAGAGCCCACCCUCGCCUGCCGCGCCGACGUCGGCGAGGCGCUGGGCACGUCGUGGGCCACCGGGCAGCAGCUGCUUCGGCCUACGCAGGGCGAGAAGCUGCUCCAGGCCGGCGCGCGCGGCUUCGUGCGCGCCAUCGUCGACAAGAUCAGCACCUUAGUGGCGGUGACGCAGCAGGGCCGGCUACGCUCUGAGCGCAUGGCUUGCGCGGACCUGUCGCAGAUGAACGCGGCGGAGGGCGCCGUCCUGACGGCGGCCGUGCUGCCCUUCGCCCACGAGCGUGGCGCGGCGGCGGCCAUGACCGCCAGCCCCCCCAUCGCGGGCGACACGGAUCACGGCCGGUUCGACCUCAGCCGGUGGCUCAGCGGCGGCCGCGCCGGCGGCUGCGGCGGUGGCUAUGGCGGCUCCGGCGGCGGCAGCGGCGGCUCUGGCGGCGGCGGCGCAAGCAGCCGGCAGGCGACGGAGGCGGCGCUCUCGACAGCGCGCCGCACCCAGCGCUCGCUCCAGAGCGCCGGCACGCACGGCGCGAUCAUCGGACGGAAGGGGCGGACGGUGCAGGCCUUUGCGCACCCCUCGAGCGCGUCCGAGCUCAUUGGCGCUGAGACCGCCCCUUCAACGGCCGCUGUCGGGGCGAACCUCGCCGUCGGCGGGACUGAAGACAACGGCGAAGAGCACGGCCUCGCCGCACAGCUCCACGCGGGCAAGGGGCGCGUCGGCACCGACGGUGGGAGUGGCUCCUCCCCACCCGGCCUCCUACUGGGCAGUACCUCUAGUCCCGGCGCUGACAGCGACGUGUUCGCCGACCCUUCGUCGGGCGUGACCGCGACUGUCCGCGCGAGCGCCACGGCGCACCCCACUGGCACGCGGGCGGCGACGGCCCGUGCGGCGUCCGCCGUGCAGGGCAGCAACGCGAGUCGGCUCGCGUCUCCCAAGGCGCUUCCCUCUGGGCUGGUCUCAAGUUGCCGGAUGCGGCUCUCUGAGCCCACCCUCCCGUGCCGCGCCGACGUCGGCGAGGCGCUGGGCACGUCGUGGGCCACCGGGCAGCAGCUGCUUCGGCCUACGCAGGGCGAGAAGCUGCUCCAGGCCGGCGCGCGCGGCUUCGUGCGCGCCAUCGUCGACAAGAUCAGCACCUUAGUGACGGUGACGCAGCAGGGACGGCUGCGCUCUGAGCGCAUGGCUUGCGCGGACCUGUCGCAGAUGAACGCGGCGGAGGGCGCCGUCCUGACGGCGGCCGUGCUGCCCUUCGCCCACGAGCGUGGCGCGGCGGCGGCCAUGACCGCCAGCGGCCCCAUCGCGGGCGACACGGAUCACGGCCGGUUCGACCUCAGCCGGUGGCUCAGCCGCGGCCGCGCCGGCGGCUGCGGCGGUGGCUAUGGCGCCUCCGGCGGCGGCAGCGGCGGCUCUGGCGGCGGCGGCGCAAGCAGCCGGCAGGCGACGGAGGCGGCGCUCUCGACAGCGCGCCGCACCCAGCGCUCGCUCCAGAGCGCCGGCACGCACGGCGCGAUCAUCGGACGGAAGGGGCGGACGGUGCAGGCCUUUGCGCACCCCUCGAGCGCGUCCGAGCUCAUUGGCGCUGAGACCGCCCCUUCAACGGCCGCUGUCGGGGCGAACCUCGCCGUCGGCGGGACUGAAGACAACGGCGAAGAGCAUGGCCUCGCCGCACCGCUCCACGCGAGCAAGGGGCGAGUCGGCACCGACGGUGGGAGUGGCUCCUCCCCACCCGGCCUCCUACUGGGCAGUACCUCUAGUCCCGGCGCUGACAGCGACGUGGUCGACCCUUCGUCGGGCGUGACCGCGACUGUCCGCGCGAGCGCCACGGCGCACUCCGCUGGCACGCGGGCGGCGACGGCCCGUGCGGCGUCCGCCGUGCAGGGCAGCAACACGAGUCGGCUCGCGUCUCCCAAGGCGCUUCCCUCUGGGCUGGUCUCAAGUUGCCGGAUGCGGCUCUCUGAGCCCACCCUCGCCUGCCGCGCCGACGUCGGCGAGGCGCUGGGCACGUCGUGGGCCACCGGGCAGCAGCUGCUUCGGCCUACGCAGGGCGAGAAGCUGCUCCAGGCCGGCGCGCGCGGCUUCGUGCGCGCCAUCGUCGACAAGAUCAGCACCUUAGUGACGGUGACGCAGCAGGGACGGCUGCGCUCUGAGCGCAUGGCUUGCGCGGACCUGUCGCAGAUGAACGCGGCGACCGCCAGCGGCCCCAUCGCGGGCGACACGGAUCACGGCCGGUUCGACCUCAGCCGGUGGCUCAGCCGCGGCCGCGCCGGCGGCUGCGGCGGUGGCUAUGGCGCCUCCGGCGGCGGCAGCGGCGGCUCUGGCGGCGGCGGCGCAAGCAGCCGGCAGGCGACGGAGGCGACGCUCUCGACAGCGCGCCGCACCCAGCGCUCGCUCCAGAGCGCCGGCACGCACGGCGCGAUCAUCGGACGGAAGGGGCGGACGGUGCCGGCUUUUGCGCACCCCUCGAGCGCGUCUGAGCUCAUUGGCGCUGAGACCGCCCCUGCAACGGCCGCUGUCGGGGCGAACCUCGCCGUCGGCGGGGCUGAAGUCAACGGCGAAGAGCAUGGCCUCGCCGCACAGCUCCACGCGGGCAAGGGGCGCGUCGGCACCGGCGGUGGGAGUGGCUCCUCCCCACCCGGCCUCCUACUGGGCAGUACCUCCAGUCCCGGCGCUGACAGCGAUGUGGUCACCGACCCUUUGUCGGGCGUGACCGCGACUGUCCGCGCGAGCGCCACGGCGCACUCCGCUGGCACGCGGGCGGCGACGAUCCGCGCGGCGUCCGCCGUGCAGGGCAGCAACACGAGUCGGCUCGCGUCUCCCAAGGCGCUUCCCUCUGGGCUGGUCUCAAGUUGCCGGACGCGGCUCUCUGAGCCCACCCUCGCCUGCCGCGCCGACGUCGGCGAGGCGCUGGGCACGUCGUGGGCCACCGGGCAGCAGCUGCUUCGGCCUACGCAGGGCGAGAAGCUGCUCCAGGCCGGCGCGCGCGGCUUCGUGCGCGCCAUCGUCGACAAGAUCAGCACCUUAGUGACGGUGACGCAGCAGGGCCCGCUACGCUCUGAGCGCAUGGCUUGCGCGGACCUGUCGCAGAUGAACGCGGCGGAGGGCGCCGUCCUGACGGCGGCCGUGCUGCCCUUCGCCCACGAGCGUGGCGCGGCGGCGGCCAUGACCGCCAGCGGCCCCAUCGCGGGCGACACGGAUCACGGCCGGUUCGACCUCAGCCGGUGGCUCAGCCGCGGCCGCGCCGGCGGCUGCGGCGGUGGCUAUGGCGCCUCCGGCGGCGGCAGCGGCGGCUCUGGCGGCGGCGGCGCAAGCAGCCGGCAGGCGACGGAGGCGACGCUCUCGACAGCGCGCCGCACCCAGCGCUCGCUCCAGAGCGCCGGCACGCACGGCGCGAUCAUCGGACGGAAGGGGCGGACGGUGCCGGCUUUUGCGCACCCCUCGAGCGCGUCCGAGCUCAUUGGCGCUGAGACCGCCCCUGCAACGGCCGCUGUCGGGGCGAACCUCGCCGUCGGCGGGACUGAAGACAACGGCGAAGAGCAUGGCCUCGCCGCACAGCUCCACGCGGGCAAGGGGCGCGUCGGCACCGGCGGUGGGAGUGGCUCCUCCCCACCCGGCCUCCUACUGGGCAGUACCUCUAGUCCCGGCGCUGACAGCGACGUGGUCGACCCUUCGUCGGGCGUGACCGCGACUGUCCGCGCGAGCGCCACGGCGCACUCCGCUGGCACGCGGGCGGCGACGGCCCGUGCGGCGUCCGCCGUGCAGGGCAGCAACACGAGUCGGCUCGCGUCUCCCAAGGCGCUUCCCUCUGGGCUGGUCUCAAGUUGCCGGAUGCGGCUCUCUGAGCCCACCCUCGCCUGCCGCGCCGACGUCGGCGAGGCGCUGGGCACGUCGUGGGCCACCGGGCAGCAGCUGCUUCGGCCUACGCAGGGCGAGAAGCUGCUCCAGGCCGGCGCGCGCGGCUUCGUGCGCGCCAUCGUCGACAAGAUCAGCACCUUAGUGACGGUGACGCAGCAGGGACGGCUGCGCUCUGAGCGCAUGGCUUGCGCGGACCUGUCGCAGAUGAACGCGGCGGAGGGCGCCGUCCUGACGGCGGCCGUGCUGCCCUUCGCCCACGAGCGUGGCGCGGCGGCGGCCAUGACCGCCAGCGGCCCCAUCGCGGGCGACACGGAUCACGGCCGGUUCGACCUCAGCCAGUGGCUCAGCCGCGGCCGCGCCGGCGGCGGCUGCGGCGGCGGCAGCGGCGGCUCCGGCGGCGGCAGCGGCGGCUCUGGCGGCGGCGGCGCAAGCAGCCGGCAGGCGACGGAGGCGGCGCUCUCGACAGCGCGCCGCACCCAGCGCUCGCUCCAGAGCGCCGGCACGCACGGCGCGAUCAUCGGACGGAAGGGGCGGACGGUGCAGGCCUUUGCGCACCCCUCGAGCGCGUCCGAGCUCAUUGGCGCUGAGACCGCCCCUUCAACGGCCGCUAUCGAGGCGAAACUCGCCGUCGGCGGGGCUGAAGUCAACGGCGAAGAGCACGGCCUCGCCGCACCGCUCCACGCGAGCAAGGGGCGAGUCGGCACCGACGGUGGGAGCGGCUCCUCCCCACCCGGCCUCCUACUGGGCAGUACCUCUAGUCCCGGCGCUGACAGCGACGUGGUCAUCGACCCCUCGUCGGGCGUGACCGCGACUGUCCACGCGAGCGCCACGGCGCACUCCGCUGGCACGCGGGCGGCGACGGCCCGUGCGGCGUCCGCCGUGCAGGGCAGCAACACGAGUCGGCUCGCGUCUCCCAAGGCGCUUCCCUCUGGGCUGGUCGCAACCUGCCAGAAGCGGCUCUCUGAGCCCACCGUCGCCUGCCGCGCCGACGUCGGCGAGGCACUGGGCACGUCGUGGGCCACCGGGCAGCAGCUGCUUCGGCCUACGCAGGGCGAGAAGCUGCUCCAGACCGGCGCGCGCGGCUUCGAGCGCGCCAUCGUCGACAAGAUCAGCACUUUGAUGAACGUGCGCGCGAUCUGUGCGUCAGAGGUCAUGAUCCUCCAGGGCCCUGACUCGCCGCGUGUCGAAGACAAGGCGCACGGCCAUCCGACGCAUCUGACAGCCGAUGCUGAUCGCGGUCGUUGCACGUCGGUGCCGUUCCUCUUCCGUUGUGCGGUCAUGCUGGCUUUGCUCUUUGCGGCGUGCUGCGGGUUGCUGCUGCCGCAGCUCAAGAAGGAGAGGAUGGAGGGCCGGAGCCACGCAGCUGGCUCCGUGCACCUCCUCUCCAACACACGCGCUCUCCGAGCUGGCAUUGUGAUCAUCUUCUUCCUGCAGGCCGCUCACGCCAAUCCAUCAGCUCCAAUUCCGCCGUCCUCCCCCUCUCUUGGCAAUUGCGGUACAGGCACGCUCGAGGUCACGGCCGACACCACGCUCAACACUGACCAGCACCCGUACGGCUUAUACUUCAGCUCCAUCCUGAUUGCCGCCGGCGCGACCCUUAGCGCCAACGGCUCCAAGCCGCUGAUCCUCUACGCUGACACAUUUGUCGACAUCCAAGGCACCAUCGACGUGUCGGGUGGAAAGGGUGGCAACUCGGCCGGCGAUCACAUGUCGGCGGGUGGCGGCGCGGGUGGCGGCGCCGUCAAGAUCGUGUCGGCGCAGAUCUCAGUCGGGCCCAGUGGCGCCAUCCGUGCCGACGGCGGCGACGGCGGCGACGCGGGCGGCCCGGGCCAAAGCUUCACGGCGCCUUGGUUCACCCCUGGCGACGGCGCGGCCGGCGUGGGCGUGGCAGGAGGAUAUGAUGGCGGCGCUGGCGUGGGCUCGAACGAAGGUGGCAAACCAGGUAGCGGGCCAGGCGCGUCGGCGGGAGGCAACUUUUCAACUGGCGUGCCGCCGGGCGCUGGCGGCGCGGGCCACGCGUCUGCAGGUACCGAUGGCUUCGGGCAAUGGUCUGACAUCAGGCCGCCGGGCGGCCCAGCCUACGGAGACGCCGAGCUGUCUGGCGGCCUCCAGGGCGGCAGCGGUGCGGGCAGCGGCGCCAACGACCCCGACAACGAGGAGGGCGCCGGAGGCGGUGGAUCGGGCGGCACGAUCUAUCUCGUGGCGCCGACGCUGCAGAUCCAAGGAGUCGUGUCGGUGGCGGGCGGUUUGGGCGGCCGCGACGACUACCACUACAACGGGGAGGCCGACCGAGAGGGCUACAACAACGGCGGGCCGGGCUCGGUCGGCCGCAUCCGUCUCGACUACGAAACAUUCACCCAUGGAACCGCGGCGCCCACCUAUUACCAAGGCGAACUUGGUGAUUUGAGCCGCUUCUGCACGCCACCGCCAUUGUCGCCGCCCUCGCCGCCGACGGCUCCGGCUUUGCCACCUUCACCGCCGCAGCCAUGCACCUCGAAUCAGGUCCAGCAGAGUGCACCCGAUGUCGGUGCUUGGGGCGGCACCUGCACCUGUCCCGACGGUGGCGUUUACCUGGUCGGUGACAACUACGACUUCUGCGCCUCCCUCGCCUGCGUCGGUGGCGUCAGCGGCUCCUGCGAAGAGAAUAAUCCAGGCGGGAAACACGUGAAAGUCACGUGCGGCACGUGCGACGCACCGCCGUCACCGCCGGCCUCACCGCCGCUGCUGCCGCUGCCGCCGUCCGCUCCACCAAUCGACUUCCAGGUCACUGUGGGUGGCGGCCGCUGGCCGGAGGAGGUCUCGUGGGACCUGACGUGCAUCGGCGUGCUGAUUGGCAGUGGAGGGGCCCCCUAUUCUGGCAACCUGUCCGCGCCGCCCGACGAGUGCACGCUCAACAUGUACGACUCGUACGGCGACGGCUGGAACGGCAACCUGUGGGUGGGUGCGGGCUAUAACUUCACGCUCGAAAUCGGAUCCUCCGGCAGCGAGAAGUUCACCCUCGCCCCCCCCUCUCCGUCCUCUCCACCGCGGUUUCCGCCGUCGCCACCCUCUCCGCCGCCGCCGUCGCCGCCCUCGCCCCCACCGCUCGCACCAUUACCGCCGCUCCGGCCCAACGAAGCGUCCGCGGCGACAGAAAACGAGCUUCGCUCCUUGAUUGACAAAGCUGACGCCAGCCCGUUCACAACCUGCGACGACGCGGGCUUCUCGGAAGACUACAAGGUUGGCGAUUUCGCGGCGGUGGACCCCGUCACGCGCAUCGUCUCUUUCACCGACGGUGACCUGUGUGGCUCGGGGACGCCGCGGAGCGCCGAGCUGACCGUCUGCAUGGACACGUCGGGAGCGGUCGUGGAGAACCAUUUCACCGCGUCCGAGCCGACGACGUCUCGAAUGAUCCCCGCCAAGGGCAGCCUCGCUGCGCUGCGCGCUGCCACCGCUGCUCAUGAGGAGAGGCGGGCUGCCGACGCGCGAGCCAUCGAGGCUGCCGCGUUGGCGCGGGCAGAGGCUGAGCGGGCCGCUGCCUCGGAGCUCAACGCGGCUGCCCGAGCGCUGUCCGAUUUUGAGCAAGAGCUCACGCAAGCUCGACAGAACUUCACGUUGCGAGUAGCGGUGUGCGACACUCUUCAGCUGGACUUGUGCCGCGGGGUUCUCACACGCGUGCCUUGGCUUGCCGCUGUGAUGUCAGCCGAGCAGGUGUUGGCGGAUCCCGAGCGUGUGAGGGCGUGGCUUCUCUGGGCCGAGGGUACGGCGGCGGGUUCGACGCACCCGACACCGCCCACCCUGCCGACCACGCCAGUCGGGGCGGAGGGCGAUCUCGAGCUGGGCUCCGGCGCCUCCGGCUGGGAGCGAUGGCGGCGUGUCGUUGCGACCGAGGCAGCUGAGCAGGAGGAGGAGGGGUCGCGCUCUGCGGCGGCGGAGCCUGCCGCCCCACCCCGCAAGCGCACCCGCAGCGAGGCCGUCACCGAGCCGUUCGGUUCCGGCCCGGAGAGCGGCACGCCGGACGCGCCCAGCUCCUUCGCUCUUCCGCCGGUCGAAACAGUGACUGUUGACGGGAUCGUCUUCAGAAGCUUCCAGACAGAGGACGCGAUGCGGCGCCACCUCUCCGCUGGGUUUCCCCCAGUACCCCGUGGGCGACCCUCUCUGGUGGGGAGGUGCUGGGGCGACGUCGUCUCGGGCGGCGCGCUGGGCUGCGAGGCGCUGCCUCCGCAGGCGUCGAGCUUUCGCGAGAGGUUCUGCGGGGGCUGCCGGGAGCAGGGCGUGUUUGUGCCCGCGUCGAGGGUGUGCGUGCCCAUCGGCGCGGGCUCCGAGAUCGCCAACCGCCACGGGCGCGGCUUCUGGAACGAGCCGUCCCCGUCCUCGCGCUUGCCUGCGCACCGCGUCGUGAACCAGACGUCCGACUGCCCGGGCCCGACGCUCGUGAUCCUCAAGGACGAGCUUCCGGGCCCGCUGCCCGGCCUGGCCGAGGCCGCCGCGCUGUCCACCUCCGGCGGCUGGGUCGCCUUCACGGUCGGCCGCACGCUCAGGAGCGAGAUGGCUCUGCCGUCGGCCGUUGCGUCUCUUCUCUCGCCGCCCCCGCCGCCCGAGCGCGACACCCCUCGGGCUCGCACCGCAGCGGCCGAGGGGCUUGUCGAGGGGUUUGCGGCGGAGGGUGCGGCAGAGGCAGCGGUGUCGCUCGCCCUGGUGGCGGUGUGCGCCGCCUUCGCGGCCGAGCUCUACACCAACCCAACCUUUGCCUUUGCUGCUGCGGGCUUCGCAGCGAUUGCCGCUGCCAACUUGGCUCAGGCCUCGCCUCGCAUUGUCGCGCGCAGUCUCGGCGUGCACGACGCCCUCCCCGCAACCCCACCGGCAAACACAACCGCACCGGCGCGAUUUCGCACGGCGUUCUCGGGGUGCCUGCGACCGCUGCUGCUCCAUGCGGCACGGAUGAUUGAUAGGCCGACCGCCGCCGUGCAGCUCGAGAUGGGCUGCCGGCUGAGCACGCCGCCGCUCAAGCUGGCGGUGGGCGUCUGCUGCGGGCUGAUGCACAGCCUGCGGCCUUACUCGCGGGCGCUCGCGGGCCUCGUCGCCGCGCUCCUCUUCUCCAUUCACGCGAUCGCGUACUUGCGCACGGGCGACGCGAGCUGCCUCGGGGGCAUCCCUCGCUCCCUCGCCUUCCUCUUUGCCCUGCCGACGCUCUGCUCGCUCGUUGCACGCUCCUUCCAAUAUGAGGCGGUGGCGGGGGAGGCGGUGGGGGAGGCGGAGGCGGCGGGGAGGGUCGCGGGGAGGGAGGCGGAGGAGGCGGAGGCGGGCCGGGCCGGCGUGGGCGGCGCGGCGUCGGUGGGCGCGUCAGGCCGCCCUUCAGGGUAG